AUGAAGUGUGGGCGUGAGAGUGGUGUGGGCUGGCAGUGUGGGCGUGAGAGUGGUGUGGGCUGGCAGUGUGGGCGUGAGAGUGGUGUGGGCUGGCAGUGUGGGCGUGAGAGUGGUGUGGGCUGGCAGUGUGGGCUGGCAGUGUGGGCUGGCAGUGUGGGCGUGAGAGUGGUGUGGGCUGGCAGUGUGGGCGUGAGAGUGGUGUGGGCUGGCAGUGUGGGCGUGAGAGUGGUGUGGGCUGGCAGUGUGGGCUGGCAGUGUGGGCGUGAGAGUGGUGUGGGCUGGCAGUGUGGGCGUGAGAGUGGUGUGGGCUGGCAGUGUGGGCGUGAGAGUGGUGUGGGCUGGCAGUGUGGGCGUGAGAGUGUGUGGGCUGGCAGUGUGGGCGUGAGAGUGGUGUGGGCUGGCAGUGUGGCUGGCAGUGUGGGCGUGAGAGUGGUGUGGGCUGGCAGUGGGGGCGUGAGAGUGGUGUGGGCUGGCAGUGUGGGCGUGAGAGUGGUGUGGGCUGGCAGUGUGGGCGUGAGAGUGGUGUGGGCUGGCAGUGUGGGCUGGCAGUGUGGGCGUGAGAGUGGUGUGGGCGUGAGAGUGGUGUGGGCUGGCAGUGUGGGCUGGCAGUGUGGGCGUGAGAGUGGUGUGGGCGUGAGAGUGGUGUGGGCUGGCAGUGUGGGCUGGCAGUGUGGGCGUGAGAGUGGUGUGGGCGUGAGAGUGGUGUGGGCUGGCAGUGUGGGCUGGCAGUGUGGGCGUGAGAGCAGUGUGGGCGUGACGGUGGUGUGGGCUGGCAGUGUGGGCGUGAGAGCAGUGUGGGCGUAUUUCCAGUGUGGGUACUUCCAGUGUGGGUACUUCCAGUGUGGGUACUUCCAGUGUGGGUACUUCCAGUGUGGGUAUUUCCAGUGUGGGUACUUCCAGUGUGGGUACUUCCAGUGUGGGUAUUUCCAGUGUGGGUACUUCCAGUGUGGAUAUUUCCAGUGUGGGUAUUUCCAGUGUGGGUACUUCCAGUGUGGGUAUUUCCAGUGUGGGUAUUUCCAGUGUGGGUACUUCCAGUGUGGGUACUUCCAGUGUGGGUACUUCCAGUGUGGGCGCCUUCGUACAGGGAACGUGCCGAAUACGUCCUCAGGUUCGGAGCCUUCAAGAUCUUCCGAAUUGGCCUUCAAGAAGGCUCCGAACUAUCCCUCAAGAAGGCUCCCGACUAGUCUUCAAGGAGGCUCCGAACUAGCCUUCAAGAAGGCUCCGAACUAUCCCUCAAGAAGGCUCCCAACUAGCCUUGAAGGAGGCUCCGAACUAGCCUUCAAGAAGGCUCCGAACUUGCCCUCAAGGAGGCUCCGAACUAGCCUUCAAGAAGGCUCCCAACUAGCCUUCAAGGAGGGCUCCGAACUAUCCCCUCAAAAAGACUCCGAACUAGCCAUCAAAAAGGCUCCGAACUGCAUACUUUCUCCGUACGAACUGUCGUACGCUAAUCCUUACAAUGUCUUCGAAAGCAAACGGGAGGUGUCAGCCACCAACUUCACCGUCCAUACCGUACACUGUCAGCGGAACAUUGCGGUGUGUCCGCUGUGUCAGGAGGCGGUUCCCCGCUCACAGUACCAGCAGCAUGUCGAGGCUACCCACAAGUCCGUACCUUGUCCCAAGUGCGACGCCCAGGUGGAACCCUUGCGCCUCUUCUCCCACGAGAAGGAGGAGUGCCCGAGGCGCCUGGUACCCUGUCAGCACUGCGAGCUGGAGGUGACGGCGGCGGAGCUGCAGCGCCACCUGGAGUACUGCGAGGCGCGCACCGAGCGCUGCAAGGGCUGCACCAAGUACGUCCAGUUCAAGCACCUUCAGUUCCACUACGAGAACGACCACAAGUACCUCAAGCCCGAGGAUAAAGGCAGUCAGAAUGGGUCUGACGACGAAGGUUCCGAGGAAUGCCCGAUCUGUCUGGGACCCGUCACCCUUCCGCUGCCCCUGGAGUGCGGGCACAUCUUCUGCAUGGUGUGUGUCAAGGGCAUCGCCAACACCACCAAAAACUGUGCCAUAUGCAGGAGAGACAUACCCAGAGAUAUGCUCAUGGAUAUAAGGUUCUGCCGGGAGGAGGACAUCAUCAAGAACUACGUGAACAAACCGAGGAACAAGAAGACUACCCGGAGCCACAGUGUACCAAGUAGAGCCACCACUACCACCACCCCUCGGCGCCUCGCUCACCACACAACUCAGGAAUAUGACGAUAUGGUGUCUGCCCUUCUGUCGACACGGACCUCUGCCACGUCUUACCGCUACCAGCGGCCAGCCAACACCCACACUCCCCCCUCCUACACCCCCUACUCCUCCUCCACCACCACCACCACCUCCUGUCAAGACUCCUGUAAAGAUUCCUGCAAGGAUUCCGAUAAGGAGUCCACUAAGGAUGAUGACUGCUGCUGCUGCUCCUCCUCGUCGUCUGUGACUUCAACAGCUUCCACUUCAACGAAGACAUCCACCACCACCACCACAACCACUUCCGCUCCACGCACUACCACCACAACCACCACCACUCCCGCUCCACGCACUACCACCACAACCACCACCACUCCCGCUCCACGCACCACCACACCAACCACUUCUCCCCCACGCACCACAACCACCACCACUCCCCCUCCACGCGUCACCACCACAACCACAACCUCCUCCUACAAGCCGUCUUCCGUCUCCUCCUCAAGAACCGUAAACAGCACCCACAAGGACUCCUCCGUCAGGUCCACUGCCGUGACAUCCAGUACGAGGAGCACGUCACUGGCCUCCACCACCUCAGGUACAAGGGCCACUGCCACUAUUAAAUCCCAGACAACUGCCUCCACAACUACAUCCUCCUCCUCCUCUUCUUCCACCUCCUCUUCCACCUCCUCUUCCAUCUCCUCCUCCUCCUAUUCCAACGGCGCGCGCCCCAGGAGGCCGACGACCCUGGCGCUGGAGACCUUCUCUGUUCUAUCGGCUCUAUCUAGCUCUGUCAGCUCGGGCAGAACCGCAUCCAAAGCCUCGUCACGUUCCACGGGUUCCAGCAGUGUGGAGCCGCCCAAGAACGCCACGCAGGAGCAGUAUGAUAGAUGGCUGGCCUUCCAGCUAGCCAAGGCCGAGGACGACCUCCCGGCUUCAGAGUUCAACCGUAAACACCGGCCAACCUUCAGGCGCUCUCUCUCCAUGCCGGAACCAACGGAGAGCUCGUCGGACAGCAGCAGCAGCAGCAGCGACACAGAGGACUCUGACUCACCCUCCUCCAGGGGCAGCUCGCGUCGGCCUCCAGCCUCCCCAAGAAGCACUGCAGCCUCUUCGGCCUCUUCCUCGUCCUCAGCCUCUUCCUCCAGCAGGAGUACUCCCAUCAGCAAGUCCUCGAGCGACUCCAAUACGGGCACCAGCGGCAGCGUCCUCAACACCGGAGCCAGACCCAAGAACACUGGCCUCAAGAAAAGGGUGUCCUUUAAGGAAGAUGCGCCACCUGUCCGUCGUGAGGCUCCUGUGAUGCUGCCCUGUGAGUUCUGCGACGAGAUGUUCCCAGAACGAGACCUCAUGAGACAUCAGACCAGCUGCGAGCAAAACGAGACGCAGCUGCCCAGGACAUCCCGCCUCACGCAGCGGUCGACAGCUGCCGCCACCACAGCUGCCUCCGUCUCCAGCAGCACCAGCAGCACCAGCAGCAGCAGAGUCACUUCUCUCUCUUCCUCGGCUCAGACCACUUCCGGUCCCCCCAGGAGUCCAGGACCCACCUCGCCAGGACCCAGAAAAGCUCCUGGCAGAACCCCGACCCCAGUUUGCACCCCGCCGAGGAAAGCCACGGUGCCCAACCCAGCCCCAAUGCCGCCCAAGCCCUCAGAGUCGGGUCCAUCCGGCAACAGGAAGAGUCCGGCUCCGAUUCCUCCUAGAAAGCCAGUGUCACCAACCAGGAGAAGUCCAACACCGACAGGAGUUCGGAGUCCCCCGCCAAGCUGCUCUUCGCCUGUGAGUCCCCUUCCAGCCCCGGCGACGACAACCAUCACCAUCGUCGACCAGCCGCCAUCUGUCGUGGUGUCGCCCAGCCUGUGUUCCGGCAGCGCCAGGCCCUUCAGCGUGAGUCCCGCGCCGAGCGGCUCUACCAGCAACAGCUCCGUCAGCAGCAGCUCCGUGUCCACCACGCCGUCGACCAGCAGCUCGGCAUCGCCCGUGCCAACCGCCACCCACAACAGGGAACUCGUUCCUCCUGACACGCCCACCACCGACGUGGAGUUGGACUACGACAGCGAGGAGGGCCCCUAUAUGCGCCCUCGCCGCGGCCGACUCCUCUCCUCCGCCAUCUUCUCCUGGCGCAGCAUCUCGGCCGCGGGCGCUGCCAGCAGGAGAGGCUACGUGCGCUCCAACACCGCCCCGCUCGAGGACACAGGCGUCGACGACGAGACUCAACCGGUUCAACCGGUGACCACCAGCCGCUCGGCCACGCAGCUGCCGGCCUCACACAGCUCGGACUCUGACACGCCCUCGCCACAGCUCGCCAAGACGACACAGGUCAAGCAAAUCUCCCCCACGCCACAGCCCACGCCCGCACCUGACCACGCCGAACCGGUUUUCAUCAAGAACCCCAACAAGUACCGGGCUCCCGCGCCACCACAGCCACAGCUCGCCCGCCCACAGACGCCGCCCAAGACCCCGUCGUCUCCACCACAGACCCGCCACACGAGACCCUCAGUCUCCCCGCCCUCACAGAAGAAGGGAUGCGUCAACAGCCCAACACCGCAGGAGAAGCCCUCGAGCAAGACCUCACAGGAGAAGCCACAGGUGAACGGCUUCAUCAAGUUCGACAGCAAGCCCAUGAUGAACAGCUGCGUCACCAAGGAGGUGGUGGAGGCGCUCAUCCCCUGUGAGUUCUGCAAGCAAGUGUUCCCUCCUGAGAAAUUUCAAAGCCAUCAGACCAUGUGUGAGGCGGCGUGGCGGCCUCCAGCCCUCCGCCCCACCUCGCCGCUCUUGCACGCCGCCCCGCAGCAGAGCAGGAGCCCCAUCCCCGCCAGGCACAACAAGGGACCCGCACCUCCGCCACCCGAGGACGUUGCUGUGGCAGACGUCGCCGUUAAGACCUACAGCAGCGCCUCAGAGGCAACGAAGACUCACAGUGUCUCAGACGCCUCAGCAAAGAGGGACACUAACGCUUCCUCUUCGUCAUCCUUCUCCGCCAAGACCUCUUCUUCCUCCUCAUCAACAUCUGAUUCCAAAAAGUCCUCCUCCACCUCCUCUUCCGAUUCAAAAAAAUCCUCCACCUCCUCGUCCGAUACAAAGAAGUCCUCCUCCACCUCCUCUUCAGAUUCAAAGAAAUCCUCCACCUCCUCCGAUACAAAGAAGUCCUCCUCCACCUCUUCUGAUUCUAAGAAGAGCUCCUCGUCCUCCACUACAGUCAGAAACCGAAUGGAAAGGUCACAGUCGGUACUGGACGACAGGAUCUCGUACAGUGAGAAACUACGAGUCAGAAGUCGGCUCGAGCGGGCGUCAAGCAUCUCAAGAUCCUCCUACUACCCCUCCAGUCCUAGCCCCAGCUUCGGCCGACGGUGGGGGUCCCGCGAGGUCAUCUACAGUAGCAACAACCUCGAGUCCCCGACCAAGUCCUACGCUUCCAGCGGCUGGAGUGGCAGCACCAGCAACCUCUCCAGCUACUCCGGCGGCUACACCUCCAGUCACGGCUGGAACUCACACCUCAACAUGCUGCGGGAUGAUGUGAGGUCGAGGGCGGCUGCUGCGGCCGCCGCUGCGUCUGUGGCUUACUACGGAAGCGAGCGAGACUCCGAACUCGGAGGGGAGACUGAGGUAGAGAGAGAUAGAGAAGGCAGCGCUAAGCCUCGCGCCAGUAGCGACGGGUCCCCCAUGGCGGCUGAGAAGAGAGAUUCACUCCACAAGAACAGCGUCCCAACUGUCACGGUUCAGAUGGGUGGGUCGUCCAGGUACCGGGAGAGGAGUACAAGUAGGCCUCGACCCUCUUCCAUGUACACUACUAGUGACUCGUGGGGCUCCAUGUUCGACCUACACUCGCCCUCUCGCCAGUACAGCAUCACUGACGCAUUCUCCUCCGCCUCCCUCGCCUGUAAGACGCCGAGAAAGUCGACCAAGAAGUAUCGGGCGCCACAGCCCCCAUGCAAGUCGACGUGACCCCUUGAGAGUCGACGUGACCCCCUUGAGAGUCGACGUGACCCCCUUGAGAGUCGUCGCGACCCCGCAUGAGGCCAUCUGACCCCACGACCGUCGAACUGACACCAUGCCCGGCGAUAAUGAACCCAUUGAGAGGCAAUCUAACACCGUGGAUAUCGACGAGAUCCGAUGCGAGUCUACUGAACCCUCUGCAAGGCUACUUGGGUUCAAGGAAAAUCAGGCAUCGCAUGCAAGUCGGCCUGACCUCAGACGGAGUUAGCCUGACCUUUUUGCAGUUCGCAUAGGUCUUAAUCAAGUCGGUUUGACCUCAUAUGCCAGUCAACCUGACCUGAUCUAAUACAAUGUAAUAUGAGUCAAUUUGAUGCACUUCAAGUCGACCACAGCCAGUAGUAAUCGACCCCAUGUAGAGACAGCUGACUUGAGCUAGUCAGUCAGGUCCAUUAGAUCGACCUGACUUCCAUGCACGUCGAUCUAGUCUUCAAGAGGACAUGCCUGACCCUGUUCCAGUUGAUCUUCCUCCGUGGAACUUGGUUGGUUGGUCCCCAGCAACCAGAGGGGAAAGGACACCAUAGUGAGUCCCUCAGCAACCAGAGGGAAGAGGACACCGUGAAGGGUGUCCUCAACAACCAGAGGGAACGACACAGCUGAGGAUGACCUCUUCCUUGCAACAUCAACAACAAAAGCUUUGCACAGUGAGACCAAUUAACAAGUACUCUAAAGUGACAACACCUGACAGGCACGUUACAAAGUAGGACCACUAUCACCGGCCAAACUAGCACACCUUCUUCAUCUCCUGUGAAGCGAAUGCUGUACGAAAUAGCAAAAUAUCUGUCUGAGAAAUCUCAGACUUAAGAAAGUUCCCAAGGCAGAGACUCUUUCUAACCUCGUCCACCAUCUUCCUGGCAUCAAGAAUAAUCACUGUUCUGAAGCACCGGGUUUUUGUAUCUUGAAUCACCCUAAGCGAGAUCGUCUCACGGCGAGCCUCGCCAGACACUUCUCUGUGUUCUUGAGUCUCUGGACACGAGCGUCUCCACCAGAGGCACCAUAAAAUAACAGAGGCUAACCAGAGGCCACCAGAGGCAUCACAAACCAACAGAGGAUCACUAAAGGCCACCAGAAGCCCGCCAUGGGCACUGGAGGCCACAGGACCAGAGGCCACCAGAGGCCACGAGAGGCACCAGAGGCACGAGAGGCAUCAGAGGCCACCAGAAGACAGCAGGAGCCUACCAGAGGUCCAUCAGAGGCCAACCAGAGGUACCAGACACCAACAGCAGCGGCCAGAAGCCCACCAGAGGCACCAGAGUUGACCAGAGGCACGAGGACUCGCCUCCCCUGCUCAUCUGUGUCUUGGGCCAGCCAAACUUGUAUUUCCCAGUCUGUUUAUGAACUGUCUUAGUGUUAUCCGCGGCUUCUUUAGUAGUUUAUGAUACGCAUCAAAAAUCCUCAACGAGAUUAUGUUAUUUGUGCGCUUCAAGGCUAUGAAACCCUUCCCUAACUCGCGAUGUGUUUGAUGACAGUCACAGAACAUUUGUUUAUCCGUGAUACAUGCUAGGACCCCCCCCCCCCUGGCACUGUCAGGGUCUCCUCCCUUCACUCAGGGACAUUUGGCACCCACAGGGACCUCUUCUGGCACCCACAGGGACCUCUUCUGGCACCCACAGGGCCCUCUUCUGGCACCGACAGGAACCUGUUUCGUUGUUUACGGUAGGAAUGCGAUGCUGCCACAGAAAUAACAACUCUCCACGAUCUUGACCAUUUUCUAUGAACCUAUAAAGGAGGAACUUAGAUAUUAUUGUGUGUAUCUUAAUGAUUAUCUCUCAAAGGACAUCAAAGUCUCCAAUCUUUAUCAUGUUGUUUGUUUUGUGAUAAUUUUCCGAACAUCAAGUCCUCCUGUUUACAAAUUUUGGGUUUAAGGCUUAAAUUUGUCUCGAUGUUAGUCUUUUUAGUGCAUUUUAGAGAUGAUCUAAGGAUGAUGUUUGCAACAUGUCUCCGCUGGGAAAGAAAUGACGAGUAACUCCUUAAGGAUCAGUGGUUGGGUUAUUUGUUCUUCAAUCAUUGACUUUUCACUUGAUUAAAUAUAAGAAUUCUCCUCACUGGAGUCACUAAAUGGACAAUGUUAUCAGUUAUAACAUUAUAACAUUAUCAAUGUUAAUAGUUGCCCCGAAACGCUACGCGUGCUAAUGGCUAUACAAGAAUGUAAGAACUCUUGUAUAUAUAUAUAAAUAAAUAAAUACAAGUUUCUGCAGUUACUACACGUGUGAUGCAUUAUACACGUGUGGUGUAUUAUACACGUGUGGUGUAUUAUACACAUGUGGUGUAUUCUAUAUUGUUAUCACUGUGUGAUUCAGUGUCUUCCACCAGCCACUGUCAUUCGGCUGCCCAGCAGAAACUGAUACACAUUAUUUUUGUUUUCCUGUGGCAAGUUUUGGCAACUUUAGCUAUAGAUGCCAGAUGCGUGAAACAUGUCAUAACUGACGGUUUAUUUAUUUUACCUCUGUCAUCAUCCUGAGUGAACAGCGCUUUGGAUUCGUAGUCCUGAGGUUCCGGGUUCGAUCCCCGGUGGAGGCGGAAACAAAUGGGCAGUUUAUUUCAUCCUGAUAGUUCUGUUCACCUAGCAGUAAAUAGGUACCUGGGAGUUAGACAGCUGCUACGGGCUGCUUACUGGGGAGUGUGAAACAAAAAAAGGAGGCCUGGUCGAGGACCGGGCCGCGGGGACGCUAAGCCCCGAAAUCAUCUUAAGAAGAAUCUCAAGAUAUCCCCAUGUUACAGCCCGUCCUCCUGUUUACACAGUACUAAUAGUACUGUACAGUAACGUGAUGGUCCACGAUAAAUAUAUAUAUUAAAUAUAUAUUUAAAUAUAUAAAUACGUCCACGUUAAAUAUAUAUAUUGACGUGAUGGGCUAUUUAGGAUGUAGAAUUUAGUACUAUUGAAUUUGGGCAAACUGCAAUAGGUUUCGUAUUUAUGUUUCUAAAUAAACCCUAACCUAACCAUCCUAGGCCCUAAUACACACUAUCUGGGGCCUAACAUAGUACAUAUAUGUGCUAUACUAGGCCUAUAGGAAUAUUUAAGUUUAGUUUUUAGCUUGAUUUGUUCAGCCUCUAUAAAGCAAAUAGUACCAAACUCUAUUAUCUAAUCAUCCAUUACGUCAUUAUAUGUGCGUUAGUCCACAUAGAUACAAAAAGAACUAUCUUAACAGGAGGACGGGUUGCUGCGUUACACUAAGGUGAAGGUUUCCUCAUGGUAUAGUUAUCGUAAUUUCGUACUCUUAACUACCGUAAGUUGUUCAGUAGCUGGUAGAGUGAUAUCUACGAGAUUACAAGACUUGCCAGCUGUAUGAUAACUGUUACUGCCAAAUGUACAAUCACUAUAACUGCCGGUUUUUACAACAAUUGUAGGAAUAUGGGAUAAAUGAUUGAUUUCCAAGAUUUGUACAAGUGUUGAUUCCUUUCAAGUGUACAAUAACUGUGCCUAAUAGUUGUAAAAUAUGCGAUUCCUGCCAAUUGAAUGAUAAUUGAUUCACAGCUGUUGUGAAAUAUGAUUCCUGUCGUGUACGAUAAUUAGUUCCUGUCAGAUGUACGAUAAUUAGGUCCUGUCAGAUGUACGAUAAUUAGUUCCUGUCAGAUGUACGAUAAUUAGUUCCUGUCAGAUGUACGAUAAUUAGUUCCUGUCAGGUGUACGAUAAUUAGUUCCUGUCAGAUGUACGAUAAUUAGUUCCUGUCAGAUGUACGAUAAUUAGUUCCUGUCAGAUGUACGAUAAUUAGUUCCAGCCAGAUGUACAAUAACUAGUUUCCGCCAGAUGUAUGAUAACUUAUUCCUACCAGCUGAACGAUUGCCGAUGUCUGCAUUUGUGCGAUAACUAGUGUCUGCCAGGUGUGCAAAAACUAAUUUUUGACAGCUGUAAAGUAGCUAAAUUUCCUGCCAUUUUUUAUGAGAGCUGUUUCCUGCCAGUUGUACGAUAACUGAUUCUUGUCUUUGAUAACUAACUCCUGACAUUGUAUGAUAACUAAUUCCUACUAUUUGGAUAAUAACAGAUGCCUGACAUUUAAACGAUAAUUAUUUCCACUCAGUUGUAUAAUUCAUGACAUGUGCAACAGAUAAUUCCAACCAUUGUAAGCUGGCUAAUUCAGCUCAGUUGUAUAUCAGCUCAUUAUUACCGGGUAUAAAAAUAUCCUACCAGAUGUACAAUGUCUGACUCCUCCUAUCAGGUGUAGAAUUUCUUGCCAGAUGUGUGAUAACUAAUUCCUUACACUUGAACGAUAAUAAUAAUAAUCCAUUUCGUGCUUUCUGACAAUUCGAUGGCCCUUAAUUGCUGCCAAAUGUAUGAUGGUUGACUCUUUUCGGAUGCACAAUGCCUGAUGAUUACCAGAAGUGCGAUAAUUAGUUCCUAUCAAAAGUUCAAUAGUUGACUUCUGUUGCACGUACGAUGCGUGAUUAGAGCCAGUUGCAGGGGUAGUUGAUUACCACGAAUGAUGAUUAUUCCUAAAAUAAUGCGACGAAGAUAAUUUCUGUCAAGCGCCCGACAUGGCAGCUCGAGUCUUGCCAGGUGUGCGAUGUUAGGGUACUUGCUGAUGUACGAUGUCAGGGUACUUGCGGCUGUACGAUGUCAGGGUACUUGCGGAUGUACGAUGUCAGGGCACUUGCUGAUGUACGAUGUCAGGGUACUUGCGGAUGUACGAUGUCAGGGCACUUGCUGAUGUGCGAUGUCAGGGUACUUGCGGAUGUACGAUGUCAGGGCACUUGCCGAUGUACGAUGUCAGGGCACUUGCGGAUGUACGAUGUCAGGGCACUUGCUGAUGUACGAUGUCAGGGUACUUGCGGAUGUACGAUGUCAGGGCACUUGCCGAUGUACGAUGUCAGGGCACUUGCGGAUGUACGAUGUCAGGGCACUUGCUGAUGUACGAUGUCAGGGUACUUGCGGAUGUACGAUGUCAGGGCACUUGCGGAUGUACGAUGUCAGGGCACUUGCGGAUGUACGAUGUCAGGGUACUUGCGGAUGUACGAUGUCAGGGCACUUGCGGAUGUACGAUGUCAGGGCACUUGCCGAUGUACGAUGCAUGAAAACUCUCAAUAACAUGCAAAAAAAAAGUUAGUAAUUUCUUAUGGAAAUGUUUUGUUGAAUUUCCACAUAUUUGGAGAGAAGUUGACGUAGAGUCAUGCAGAAAAAGAUAUAGACAAGACAGAACAAUAACGAGGAGAGACAAGUAGAUGGUUAGUAAUAACGAAACACCACUUGAGAAAAAUUAAACAGAAAACUUGAUAAAAUGUAGAAAUAUUUGUGAAAUCUGAAAGUGCACACCACAACGAACAGAAUAUAGCCGGCGAUGAUUCAGACUCAACUGGAAAAGGCUUAGCGUAAGCCUUGAUAAUUGGCGAAAUUCAGGUUUUGCUAUAUUCAGACUUCUCGGCAAACCAGACUUGACAGCAAUCAGAUUUGGCAACACUCCUGAUAUGAUCAUUCACACACGUCGUCCGCCUGCCUCAUUGGCCCUCCGUGGGCCUUAACUACCUUAUCUGCAUGUGAUCUUAACUACACUGCCAUCGGUGUCCUCGACGAGCGGCCCUUAACAGGUCAUUGAACUAGACACGUAAUUCAGUUGUCGUUCUUGUUGUUUUUGUCAUUAACUCAAGUCUACUUGUCCAUCAGUCAGGGGCACCUGCCCAUUGGUCAACCUACGUGCCAAUCAACGUAGCCAGGUGGUAAUGUUGGUGCCUGCUGACUGGCUCGAAGACAUAUACUCAUAAUAUACUCAUAAUAUACUCAUAAUGCUCUUACAUCAGCAUGAGAAGCGUGAAGUGUGAAGUGGAUUCACUCAUAGCUUCAUCUGAAGUCUUCUAUUCUCAUUGGCUAAUAGAUGACCAAUAGCUUUAGGUAAAAUGUAUAACAUGACGUGUUCACUCUCUAUUGGUGCACUAAUCAAAACAGUGAUAUAUAUCUGGUAUUCAUUGGCUAUCAGUCGACCAAUUACCAGAGAGAACUGUAUUCUUUGGCCAUUGCUUGAUUAGUCGCCAGAGUAAACAAAUACACUUGAUUUGUGUAUGUUCAUUGGUUGUUGAACACGAAUCACAUGUCUCAAUAAAUGUAACCUUAUUCUCAUUGGCUGUUUGGCGACCAAUGAGCUUAGAGCCAAGUGUAACUAGUCAUCACCUAAAUAACUAAGCCAAUUCAAUUUACUUUUGCAAAUAUGCCUGAAACGAUAUAAACUCAUUUUAUAAUAAGUGUUUAAGUGUGUUUUAAAGACUCAAAUACUUACAAUUGAAUGCUGUUUGUAAAUACGAAAAGAAGUUAUCUGACACGAUUAACUUUUGAAAGUUUCAUCUCCUUGAGAGUAAUUACAAUUACAUUCGGAAAAAUAGUGUAAAUUAUUAAUUGCUUCGUAACUUCCGAGUUGCAGGGAACUGGAAAUUGAGGAAUUAUUCCGUUGAGGAUCCGAUAAUUUUUGUAAAUAUGUAAUUUAUAUGUGUGCGUGUGUAUGGAGUUUGGACUAAGGAAAACCCUUUUUCUAAGUCAGCUUCUAAGUCAGUUUACACUCGUGAGAUUUGAACCAGUGAUGGAUUUUGAGUAUUUCUAAGUUAUGCAGCCAAGUUUAACCCUAAAAAAAAUUAAAUACAGGGAUUUCUCAAUAUUAAUUUGUUAUUGUAAACUCAUUUACAAGUUUAAAUGAGUUUACAAAUACAAUUAUCAUAUGUUUAACUUGUGAAAUAAUUAUGUAUUAUAUUAAAUGAUAAAAUGUAUUUUAAAUGCUAAAUACCGCUGAUGAUUUUUUUUUCUGCAAAAGCACCUUAACCUGUGUAUUUGUAAACUGCAAUCUUGCAUGCAUCUUUGGAAGUGAACUUACACUUAAACUGUGAACCUGUAUUCACAGACGUGUUCAUAAGAGUAUUUUCAAUUUAUGAGAUUAGUUUUAAAUGCUAUACCCUAAGGUCAGAGCCAAGAGGAUCUUAGAGGCUGGUCCAGCCUUACAAGUUCUCAACAAGUCAAACAAAUACACCAAUAAGUGUAAAUGUUCUUUUUUUUUUGUAUACAUAACCCUCUCUAAAGUUAACCCAUACAUAACCCUCUCUAAAGUUAACCCACACAUACCCUCUCUCAACUUAACCUACACAUACCCUCUCUAAAUUUAACCUACACAUACCCUCUCUAAACCUAACCCACACAUACCCUCUCUCAACUUAACCCACACAUACCCUCUCUCAACUUAACCCACACAUACCCUGUCUUCUGCUAAUACGUUCAGAAGUGAAAUUUACAAACUGUACGUUUAAGCUUAUUUUGUAUAAUUCUGCACCAUUUAAUUAUUGACAUAGUGAAGGAAGGCGUGUAUAAUAUUCCCUAAUUGUCCUUCUUAAGUGAGAUUGAGCUGUAUUCUUAAGGUUUAAGAGCGUCUUGUAGAGCGGAAUGGAGAACUGCCACAACCCCGCAAGCCACCGCAAGGAACUACAUCUUUCCCCCCUGCUUAAUUGGGCUGUUUGGUUGUUAAUUAUCGCCUCGGUGCUUCUUAUUGUUCACAUUGAUAUUAUUGCGAUGUUCAUUGUUCAUUGCGAUGUUCAUCAUUGUGAUUGGCAUUGAUAUGGCAAGCAUUGUAGUUCAUCGUAUUUGUUACGUAUGUAUUGGAACGAGACAGGAGGGGGGUGUUGUUCCUUGGAGCGUGAGGCGCGGACUCUCGCCUCUGUGUGGUGAGGCGGUAGAGGCUAGUUUGCUUUGGGUUACUCUCACGGUGUAAUGAAGAAAAUUGUCCUGUUUCAGGAUUACUUUUUUAUAUAGGAAUUUCUACUGUGAUAAUAAUAAACAGGUGAAACAA